AAAUUUAAGGUUGUUUGAAAAAAGAUUACUCCAAGGUUUUUUUAGAGUGUUCUGGGUUCGAAGUUUCCUUAUAGGCCGUAAAGUGGGGGUAGUGUGUGUUUGUGUCCAAGCAAUGAAGAAAUCCUCUGGUUAAUCCACUACACUGGGAUGGAUAGUGAAAGAGUGUUCGGUCUCAGUUGUUCUGAUUCUGCAACAUCCAACAGACCAAAAGCCUCCAACUCAGUGCAUUGUGCAGUAACAUGGCUUAUAUUAUAAGACAGAUGAAUGUUUAAAAGAUACGUAUCUUCCCAGAAAGCAGUGUUCAUCUCAGUAUUAUACUUUACAUGCAGAAGCAGUGCAGUUUUGUGCUGUUUAGGCUGAUUAUGCAGUUCACUGCUGAAAAAGCAGUAUGCCUGUGUAUAACCCAGUAUGAUGCUUUAGUGUGUUUAUAACCAUCAAAGGUGUCAAAAGUAUUAAGAUUAGUUCUACAGAAUACUUCUGUAGAAGUUGAAGUAUCAACUCUUUUUACUCAGGUAAAAUGUAAAAGUACUGGUUUCAAAACUACUUAAAGUAUAAAAGUAGAAGUAAUGCAAGGGGGAAAAAAACAUUAUACUACUGAAAAUCCUCACAAAAUGAAUGUAUUUUAGUGCAAUGCAAAUAUAUGAAAAAAGCUUAGUUGUGGCAUUUCGCUUAAGUUCUUUUGAGUCUCUGCAUGGAUCAUCUUCAUACUAGGCUGUAUACAUCUGCUAUGUUCUUGCUGGAGUGUAUGGGGCGUGACGUGUGCAGGUGUGAUGGAUCACAGUAUAAACCAAUAGUGUGUUAAAAUGGUAUAUGUUUACACUUUUCAUCCAACCACAGUCAGAUUCACUCUGUCUGGAUGGAGAGAUUUAUCUGGACAGGGGUUUUUAUUGAAUGAUGAAAAGCCGCAAUGAAAUAGGAGUAGCAAGGCGAUUUUUGUAAUGUAAGGAGCAGAAGUAAAAAGUCAUCUGAAAAAUAAUUACUCCAGUAAAGUAUAGGUAACCAAAUGUUAUAAUUAGGUAAAGAACAAAGUGUACAAUUUGCAUGAAUAAUGCUCGAUCAAACUGCUUGACCAGCAUGACCAGCAAGACCAUAAGCUUGCUUACCAGGAUAGGGUAUGCUUUUGCCUUGAUGACCAACUUGUUCUCAACCAUCUUGACCAUCAAUGACUUUAUUUUAAGCAAUCUGAAGGCAGCUGCCUGCAAAAGCUGGUCUUGAGCUGGAUUUCUUCAGUAGGGCUGUCGUGUACUGAGUAUUGCUAACUGCCAGCGAAUGUUUCUAGCUGCCAGCUGAUGUUUGUUUUUAGCCACUUUAGCAUAUUUUGUAAAGCUUUUUCUCUAAAAUGUUUAUGCCUAUAAAAGUGAUAUUUUUGGACUGUAAUAUUUAAACAAUGCUGUAUUAUCACAUAUACGUUUGUGUGAUGUUUUUUCAUUCUUUUCUCAAUAAAUUUUGAGCAUUAUCUAAAAAGGGUGUGGUUUCUGGUACUAGCACUGUUAGCAGGCCUGUUGCGUUUCUGUUGUAAAACGCAUGGGCAUUUUUUUUUAUCUGUGGCUUACACAUGGCCAGGAGGAGCUGAGUGCAACACGCACACACACACUAACACACUCACACACAUUUACACUUUAACACAUGACUUCAAACGUGUACCACUCAAGCUAAGACAACAAUGCUAGCAGAGGCGUGAGAGCGCUCCAGAAUGGGAGAAGGUUUGGGGUUACAGCUGAUGUCAAUCUUAUUUUGGGCUGGAGUUGUGACUAAAACAGGUGGAUCUAUUCCCAGGCCUCAGUUUACUGGGCCUAACAUGGCCUACGUCAAAUCUACACAAGUUUUUGAAUGUAAGCUGCCAGAGUGGACAUUACCUCUGACCUAUGAGCUCAUUAAAAGCCCUGGCGAGGUCCUUGAGACAGUAAUUGAUCCUCUGGGAGGCCAGCCAGUCACUUUCUAUCUGAGGGUCAACGAGAGGUCAAACGGACGGUAUAUGUGCAGAGUGAGAUUAAGAGGGCAAACCAGCACCAGCAACGCUGUGAACUUUCAAGUAGUGAUUCCUGUACAAGGUGUCCACUUAGUUCCCGAUCCUGACCCACCGGUCAUCUACGAGAUGUCAGGGUUUAACCUGCACUGUCGGGUCAGAAAGGGGACUCACCUCACUUACGUUUGGUACCACAACCAACAGGAGCUGAACUUACCCUCGGCCUUCCACCAGAUCUCUGAAAACACACUGACAGUGGACAGCGCUGGCAAAAGGCAUGCUGGGUACUACACAUGUAUGGCCAUUAACAAGAUGGGGAACCACAGCAGAUACUCCAGUAGCAUGGAGGUCAACGUUGUUGUGAAAGAAUACCUGUCAGCUCCCAGGAUUUCAUUCACCCUUUACUAUCAUGGUUCUGGGUACCAUGCGAACAUCAGCUGCAGGUUGGUACGAGGCAGCCCGCCGGUGACGUUCCGGCUGCUGCUGGAUGGGGAGGCUGUGGCUGUGCAGAGGACUGGUUCACUGGAGGCCUGGUUCAGUGUGCCUGUCAGUGUGGGGCUGGAUAUGGGAACGGCCCAGUGUAAAGCAGAGACUGACAUCCAGCAGCUUCUUAGUGACCCAGUAGAUCUGGAAGUGGUUCCAGUAGAAGGCAGUGCACAGGUCCUGGUAGAGUUCCUCCAGACAGCAGACUCUGUGGUGGCUGCUGCCCUUCUCCAGUGUGUCAUCACCAGAGGAACUUUCCCACUUUUCUCCUGGUCCUUUAACCAAGCCAUCCUACCAGAACAGGGUGAUUCUCACGCCUUAACCCCGAACGGCCGCAUCUUAGUCAUCACAGCCUUCAGUGCUGAGAACUCGGGUUAUUACAGCUGCAGAGCGAGGGACAGCUUUAACUCCAACUCGUCUUGGCUGCAGAGUGAGGAGGUCUUGGUUAAGAUGACAGAUAUUAGGAUGACGUCUAUAGAAGUCCUCGCCGUGGUUUUCUGUUGUUUCCUGCUGCUGGUUAUUAUGGCAGGGGCAUGCUGUGUGUUCUGGAUCAUCAGUCAGGAGCGUUUCCAGGACAGGAGCACUGGCCGGGAAAUGGACUGUCUGGAACAGAUCAACAAUGAGACACUGGAGACCAGGUCUGCCCCACAGGUUGAAGAGAUGGUGGAGGUUUUUAUGGAAGUUGAAGUUUAAAAUGAUGUCUGAAGGCUAAAGAGCUUCUAAAUGAGCAAGACCUGCUGCUUCAGCCCUCUGGACACUGGAGAAUUUGUGGCGUUGAACAAAUACCUUUAAUCCAAUACCUAGAGCACUACUCUACAGGAUCCUGAACCAGCCUGCUGGCUUUUUUACAGACUUUUUUUUUACAUUCUGUGCUUUUUCUUUUUCUAAUUUGUGAAACAGUACAUUACUGUGAACAUAAAUGUGUUUUUGGUUGCUAUCAUGACCAAUACCAAUGCUAACUGUAUGCUAAGUAGUUUUGUAUAAUAGUAAAUGCACACAACAUGAAAAAUGUCAGUUCUGUUUUUUUUUUUUUUUUUGAUAAAUGGUUGCUACAUUAAAAUAAAAAUUAUAUAUAUUUAAAGAAGAGUUUGGAUUUUCGGAGUUGAUAAUUGAUAAUUAGAACCAAAUCAAACCAAAGAGACAAAAUGUUAGACUUUGUAAUGUAUUUAUUUACUGAGGAAAGUUAUCAAAUAUUACAUAUCUAUGAGUGACUAAAGUAUAAGUUAAGUGUAACCUUAAAUUUCAGUAUCGGGUGUGACCUCCAUGUGCAGCAAUAACUGCAACCAAAUGUUGCUGUAACUGUUGAUUAGUCCUGCACAUCAGCUUGAAGGAAUUGUAGUUCAUUUCUCAGUAAUAAACAGCUUCAGAUCUGUUAUGUCCCACAUCCUGUUUACUGUUGGACCCUCCAUAACAUUUCUAUUGGAUUGGAUUAAGGUCAGGACUUAACUUUUUUUAACAUUAACCUUAUUCUAUUUUAAUCAACCUUUGGUAGAACAACUUGUGUGCUUGGAGUCAUUGUCUUGUUACAUGAACCACAUUCACUGGAGAUCAAUUCAGAAUUUAUUGUUACAUCAAUCAUAGUCUUAAAAUUCCUGUCUUAAAAAAAGACUUUAAAAAAAAGAAUCAAACUAUGAUUCUACCACCAACACAUUCAACAUAUGGAAUAAGGUUUUUAAGCUGGGACGCUGUGUGUUCCUUUCCCCAACAAUAAAACUUUUAAUUUAAACCAAAGCUUUAUCAACUUAGAGACAGACUGCACUGUUCUUUUUUUAGAGAUCAGUAAGUUUUGUGUGUUCGGGAGGCCAAAACACAGAAACUCAAACACAAAAAUCUCCAGGUUUGUGUGGAUGAGCCUUAACAACGGUGGUGCACUUUUCUAUUGUGCAGCAACACCUGCAAAAAAGUGAAAAUAUGACUUUCAUAGAAGAAAUGUGGCCUUCAUGGAAGCAAAGGUACAAAUCUAAAACAUACUUCCUUAAGAAGGGCAAUCUACUUAUUGUUUAACUAUAUCCUUCAUUUCUUAUUUUUUUGUUCAUUUCUUUUUUAAAUCCUCAGUGUGUAUGUGACUAUAUGAAUCUUUCAGGAGUAGAUUUUCUAUUUAUUUAU